CGUGUUAAAGGGACGUUUGUUUAUUUCAGUUUGAUCAUUCGAGAAGGUAACACACAUGUCGGAAAUGCGUUUAGGAAGGGUUAACUAGUUAAAAAAUCCGCUUUAUUUUCCUGUUGUUGAACUUUUAUUUUAUGAUAAAUGAGUCACAGAUUUUCAUUGGUCAAUCCUGGAAAAUCCUGACAUACUUAAUGUGAUAAGUGGAUUGUAUGUAUGUACAUGUGGUUUAUUAUAGUUGAUAUCAUAACUAAAUCCGUCGACGUAUGAAAACAAUGUGACUCAUAGGAUUUAAAUAUUUAACUUUGGAAAUUAUUGGAAUUUAAUAUAAAGAAUAUUAUUUCUAAAAAAAAAACAUUGAUUUUCUAGUGGAGUUUCAAGUAAGCAGCACAUUCUCACGAUUGUUGAUUGGACAAUUCAAAAUAUAUACAGAAAGCUACACAUUGGAUUUUUGUGAAUGGUUUUAAACCUGUGAAAUGAACGAACAUUAGUUAAAGAACAUAGUGUUAUAAAAAAUAUUCUUUUGUGUCACAUUAUUAUAUCAAGUUUAGAACGACAAACUAAUUAAUAUGGGAGCUAAUAAUUCGCUUGCUGAAGAUGAUCCUAGAAGAAACUUCGAUCAUAAGGAUAAAUAUACAACAUCAGCCAAAUACAGGCUUAGUUAUCAUGGAAUUUCUAAUGCUAAAGGUAAACCACCACCGCCAGAAGGGACACCAUCAUUAAGGAACAUCACUCAUAAUUCACUAACAGUCGUCUGGUCACCACCUCAGGGUCAGAGAAUAGACACAAUUUUAGCCUAUAGAGUGGAAAUUUACAAUGCGACAACAAGAAGGUGGAAAGUUGUCACAAGUUGUUGUCAAGGUAAUUCAUAUGAUGUCAAAGACUUAAAACCGGAUUCUGAAUAUUGUCUUCGAAUUCGAGCUGAAAAUUUGUUUGGUUGGAGUAAGCCGAGUCAGUCAACUCAUUUGGUGCGAACUCGAUCUUUGCCUAACAGACGCUCCAUGUUCGAACAGGAGGAGGCUAAAAACACUAAGCUAGUCCGUAGACAUAGCUACCAUAUCAAAAUCGAGGCUAAUGUUGCCACCAUGUUGUUCAAUAAAACCGAAGAAAGUGGAAAUUGCAAUAAUAUUGGAACUUUCCCAAUGCGAAGAAACGGAAGCACAAGAAUGUCUCUUCCGAUCCAAAGAAGAACCGUUGCUAGUUUGAUUCCUGGAUCUCGCCGUGAAAGCACGUGCAGUAUUCGUGACACUCGCCGAAGGUCGGUAGAAGAAUCAUCGGUAUGCACGGAUGAAACGGACGAAUCUUUAAAAUCACUCAAAUUGCAUCGUAUUUCCAUGUCUACAGAAGAAGAUUCAUGUGCGAGGUCAACUUCAUCGACGUCGAUGUCGUCAAUACCAGAAUUGCAAGAAGAAGAUUCGUUUGAACAUUUAGAGUGUAAAAAUAAUAGAGAGGAUUAUUGGAGACAAAAUUGGACAUCGCCGAUCCACGAAGUUAGCCAUGAUGAUAUUCUUACAUCGCCAUAUUCUGACGACACUAAACUGUCAAUGUUUUCACGAUCUCCAUUGCAAAGACAGUCCAAUCAUUUCAGUGACUAUACAAAGACCAACAAACUUUCUCCGUACGACAAUGAUAGUGAUUCUCAGAUUUGGAAAGGAAAAGACGAUGGACACUUAGACAAUGAAAGCAUAUCUGAUCUCCGGUCACUUAGGGAUAUACUGUGUUCAAAUGACAUGAUGGUCAAAACUCUCAAUGCGGACAAUAACGGAAAUUAUUGCAAUAAACUUUACAAUAAUGUUAUACAUGAAGUGGAUGAGGAAAAUGUGAUGAUGGACCGUGUCUCAACAUUAUAACCCAUACUGUUGUAUAUAGUCAUUGAAAUAAUUUGAGUCACAAAUGGAUUUCCGAUGUUUACCAUGUUUACCGAUCUCAUUUCAGCGACCUUCUUUCCAUUUUUUCGAAGGUUUCGGGACCAAAGAAGGACUGCUCCGUUCAAUAGAAUUCUGCGUUUAUAUUUAUUUUCCCUUUGCUAUGCUAACCAAAGAAGGUUAUUUAUUUUUGUGGUGCAAAUCGUGCAAUUGAUAGUCCCAAUGUUUAACAAUAUAGCAUUUCAAACUGCUUUACAAAUAUUUGUUAUGAUAUAUUUAACAUGUUUAAAUGAACAUUAUUUAUUUUAAUUAUAAAAGACAUUUUAAAGUUAACAA